AUGUUUAGUUGGUUGAGUCGGGAAGACAGCGGGAAGCAGGAUCUUUUCGACAAUGUGACUGAGGGUUUAAAAAAAAUAUAUAAAUCAAAAUUGAUGCCUCUGGAGCAGUUUUAUCAGUUCCAUGAUUUCCACUCGCCCCUCUUGGACGAUCCAGAUUUUGACGCGAAACCGAUGAUCCUUUUAGUUGGUCAAUAUUCGACGGGAAAGACGACUUUUAUCAAAUAUCUGCUGGAACGAGAAUUCCCUGGAAUUCGAAUUGGACCCGAGCCAACGACGGACAGGUUCAUCGCCGUGAUGUACGAUGAAAAAGAGGGCGUUAUUCCCGGAAAUGCGCUUGUCGUCGAUCCUAACAAACAAUUUCGACCUCUCUCGAAAUUCGGAAAUGCAUUUUUGAAUCGCUUCCAAUGCUCCACGGUUGCAUCGCCUGUUCUCAAGGGCAUUUCCAUUGUGGACACGCCUGGAAUUCUUUCGGGAGAAAAACAACGGGUGGACAGAGGAUACGACUUCACGGGCGUUUUGGAGUGGUUUGCAGAAAGAGUAGACAGAAUUAUUUUGCUUUUUGAUGCCCACAAAUUAGAUAUAUCGGACGAAUUUCGUCGAUCGAUAGAAGCCUUGAGGGGGCACGAUGACAAAAUCCGAAUCGUUUUGAACAAGGCGGACAUGAUCGAUCAUCAGCAGUUGAUGAGAGUUUAUGGAGCGCUGAUGUGGUCGCUUGGAAAAGUUUUACAGACACCGGAAGUCGCGAGGGUUUAUAUCGGAUCGUUUUGGGACCAACCACUCAGAUACGAUGUUAAUAGAAGGUUAUUCGAAGACGAAGAGCAGGAUCUUUUUAAAGAUAUGCAAUCCCUGCCGCGAAAUGCUGCGCUCAGAAAAUUGAACGACUUAAUUAAAAGAGCGCGUCUCGCAAAAGUUCAUGCAUACAUAAUCAGUGCUUUGAGAAAAGACAUGCCAACUGUUUUCGGCAAGGAUUCUAAAAAGAAAGAAUUGAUAAAAAAUCUCGGUCAAAUUUACGACCAAAUUCAACGAGAGCAGCAAAUUUCCCCGGGGGAUUUUCCCGAUUUGAAAAAGAUGCAAGAGAAUCUUGCGCAUCACGAUUUUACCAAGUUCAAUCCUAUUAAGCCAAGACUUCUGGAAGUGGUCGACAAAAUGUUGGCGGAGGACAUUGCAAAAUUGAUGGCAAUGAUCCCUCAUGAGGAAUCGUCAUCGUCCACUGAACCUAUCAUUAAAGGUGGUGCCUUCGAAGGAGUUGAGGACCAGGUCAGUCCCUUCGGGUAUAAAAGAGGGGAAGGUAUUGAUGCCGGUGCGGGUGAACCGGAAUGGAUCGUGAACAAGGAGAGAUACAAGUACGACACGAUGUUUGAAUCUCUCGGUCCCUCGGACGGAAAAAUCACCGGUGCAGCCGCAAAGUCGGAAAUGGUCAAGUCGAAGCUGCCGAAUAGCGUUUUGGGCAAAAUCUGGAAGCUCUCCGACAUCGACAAAGACGGCUAUCUGGAUUCCGAUGAAUUUGCGCUUGCAAUGCAUUUAAUCAGCGUGAAAUUAGAAGGAUAUGAUCUCCCAACGGAACUCCCUGAUCAUCUAGUACCUCCUUCAAAACGCGACGUAUGAAAUGCAAGUUUCACGACUUUUUUUUUUCUAGGCAAAAUACUGACAAAUAUUCUGCAGAAGACACUAUUCAUUAAAGAAUCAAAAAUUGCAGAAAUAACACGGAUAUUUUUCAAAGUUAGGACAUAUUUUUAGGAUUUAUUGGCAUUUUUUUUUCAGCUACAUUUCAGGUUGAUUUGUUGUUAGCUGCGACUUGAAAUGAUGAACUUGGUAGUGACGACAAGUUCUUGUAUAUAGACAUUAUAUUGUAAUGUCAUAAUUGUCUCGAAAAUAGGUACGCUUUAUUAUUUAUGACGACUUAAAGGAACUCAUUUCGCUUAUCAACAAGACAAUAUCUGAGCGGAACUUUCGUAUCAAAAGUUAAAUCGAGUUUUAUCGUUUGAAACAAAUUAAGUGCAAGCUUUGAUUAUAUUUGUAGUGGUUUGAGUUGGCUAGAAUUUGUAUGGAUUUUUAUAAAUUUGUACGAAUUUUUAUCGAGUUACCACCAACUUUUCUAAGGACGAGAGAACCAAAAAGUAUACCAGUGCACACUUAAAGUGUCUGAUACAGUACUACAGUUUUUUACUUUUGCGCAUCAAAUCUUCAAUAAUUACUGCGCAGAACUGCACCUUUUGAGUUUUGCGCAUAAAAUCUUCAAUAUUUUCUGCGCAAAAUUACAUUUUCUAAAUGUUGCGCAUCAAAUUUUCAAUAUUUGCCGCGCAAAACUGCAGCUUUCUUUUACUUUGCGCAUCAAAUCUGCAAUAUUUAAUGCGCAAACAACAGUUUUUUCAAAAACUACUUUGCGCAUCAAAUCUUCAAUAUUUGCUGCGCAAACUAAAUUUUUCUAAAUGUUGCGCAUCAAAUUUUUAAUAUUUUCCGCGCAAAACUGCAGCUUUCUUUUACUUUGCGCAUCAAAUCUGCAAUAUUUAAUGCGCAAACAACAGUUUUUUCAAAAACUAUUUUGCGCAUCAAAUCUUCAAUAUUUGCCGCGCAAACUAAAUUUUUCUAAAUGUUGCGCAUCAAAUUUUUAAUAUUUUCCGCGCAAAACUGUACUUUUUGAAAUAGUUUUUCGCUACAAACAUUGAUUAUUGCUGCGCAAAACGGGAGUUUUCUUUUACUUUGCGCAUCAAACCUUCAAUAAUUACUGCGCAGAACUGCACCUUUUGAGUUUCGCAAUAUUUAAUGCGCAAACUACAGUUUUUUAAAAACAAUUUUGCGCAUCAAAUUUUUAAUCAUUGCUGCGCAAACUCCAUUUUUUCUAAAUAUUGCGCAUCAAAUUUUUAAUAUUUUCCGCGCAAAACUGUACAUUUUUAAAUAGUUUUUCGCUGCAAAUAUUGAUUAUUGCUGCGCAAAACUGCAAUUUUUAUUUUUGCGUAUCAAAUCUUUAUUAUUUGCUGCGCAAACCUGUAGUUUUAACGACUUUUUCAAGAAUUGUUCACACCCAAAACCUUCUGCGAAUGUAAAUAUGCAAAUCGGACACGUAACGCAAGUUGAGAAACAAUUUGAAAACGCACAUUUUUUUCAAACACUUUCUCUUUUACACCGAUUUUCUAUUAUUUUGCCUUUUCUCGAGUUCGUUCCUCGCGGCUAUGUAAUUACCGUUUGCCUCACAAUUCAAUGAGUACAAAUGCAAUUGAAAAAAAACUAAUUCAUUAAUGUGAAUAAGAACGAGGGAAGCUUUAAGAUUGGUAGCAAUCAAUAUUUUCUACGGGAUUAAAAGUUCAGUUGUUAUUCGAGAAUUGAAAAGAGUGAUUGAGAAGAUAUUUUUGUGAAUUAUUGGUGUUUUAAGGUUUCGUUUGACGAGUUGAGAGGAUUUUUUACACCUUCCGGGGAGAGAGACUGAUUGAUAGGUGAGAAAUUAAUUUGUAACUGAGGAAAAGUGAAUUAUUUGUACAUGUUAGGAAGUGCAGAGUGACUAUUUUCACGCAAGAGAAAUAUUAUGUACUACGUAGUCAAAUAAGUAUUUAAAUUUAAUUUAAUGCUUUAAUUUUAAGAGCAACAAUUCACGUGUCGCAUUUAAAAUAUUGAGAUAUUCUGCACUGAUUUGUUGUUCAAUUUCAUUUAAUAUAUAUUUUCAAAAUAAAAUGGUGCAAUCCGAACCGGGUGGAAAUUGAAAGAUCAUUUAUCCAUUUAUGUAUGCGGAAAAAAGUUACAUAAAGUCCGUGUAUUGGAGAAAUUUUGUAUAUCCAAUUUGUUAUAAUAUUAUGAAUAUAAAUUCUAUACUAUUAGUUUUUCCGUGUCUCGAAUUUUUAAAUAAAUUGUUUAAAGAGU